AUGUCCUCAUCCUCGAAACGUCGCCGCGUCGAACGUUCGCCUACGCCUACCUAUAACCUCGAUGACGACUACGAGCCUUAUAUUCCUGUGGCACAGCGUCGCAAGGAAAAGCUUGCAAAACUUACUUCUUGGACUGGACCAACAACUCAGACAACUGUGAACAAACGGCAAGAGUUGGAGGAUAACGAGGAUGUAGAGCGAGAAGAAGAGAGAAUGCGAGAAAUAGAGCGUAGAGAGCGGACGUUACUCGUCGAAGCGCAAGAGGUACUCUCAAGAAAAGCUGCUGAAGACGCACAAAAAACAGAGCUAGAGAAAGCUCAAGAGGCUGACGCGGAAAUUCUCGCCGCCAUUAAAAGUCGCCGCAAACUCGCGUCAGACCUUGAACUGGCACGAGGCAUAUCAUAUACCGAGUCACUCAAGACGAGGCACAUUUCUUGUUCGUUUCUUUGGCGACCGCCUCGAUACAUCAGAGAACGGUCGUACAAUGAACACGAGCGAAUCCGGGAAAAGUACCAUGUCAUUGUGGAAGGCGAGGACGUUCCACCACCUAUAGAGCGGUUUGUUGACAUGAAGGUACCAGAACCACUCAUCGAACAUUUCAAGUCAAAUCGCAUCGUAUCCCCAACUCCCAUCCAAUUGCAAGGCAUACCUGCGGCUUUUUCAGGACGUGAUUUAAUCGGCAUUGCCUUCACCGGUUCGGGCAAGACAUUGUGCUUCUGCCUUCCCCUCAUCAUGAUGGCACUUGAGGAGGAAACGAAGCUCCCUUUUAUACGCGGCGAAGGCCCUGUUGGAGUUAUCCUCUGUCCGUCACGAGAACUGGCCAACCAGACAUACGAAAACGUCGUCAGUUGGUGCUCAGCUCUGGCCAAGUCUGGCAAGUACCCACAACUCAACACAUUGCUCUGCAUCGGCGGCAUAUCAAUGAGGGACCAGAGUCACGUUAUGAACAAAGGCCUCCAUAUUGUGAUCGCGACACCAGGAAGACUUAUCGAUAUGCUGGAAAAGAAAAGGUUCACAUUCAACAACUGCAAGUAUCUUUGCAUGGACGAGGCUGACCGAAUGAUUGAUUUGGGCUUUGAGGACGACGUUCGUAACAUCAUGAGCUUCUUCACAGCUCAGCGACAGACAUUACUAUUCUCAGCUACUAUGCCAAAGAAAAUUCAAGACUUUGCCCAGCAGUCGUUGAUACGACCGGUAUUGGUCAAUGUCGGACGUGCUGGUGCGGCGAAUUUGGAUGUUUUGCAGGUGGUGGAGUAUGUCAAGCAAGAGGCUAAGAUGGUCUAUCUACUUGAAUGCCUUCAAAAGACUGCGCCGCCCGUCAUAGUCUUCAGCGAAAACAAAAAUGAAGUCGACGAUAUCCAGGAAUACCUGCUUCUGAAAGGAGUCGAGGCUGUUGCGAUUCAUGGGUCAAAAACUCAGGAGGAACGUCAAUACGCCAUAAAAUCCUUCAAGUCUGGCGCAAAAGAUGUCAUGGUUGCUUCUGGUGUCGCUUCCAAAGGACUUGACUUCAACGACAUCCAACAUGUUAUCAUCUUCACGAUGCCGAAGGAAAUUGAGGACUACGUUCACCAAAUUGGUCGCACUGGUCGAAGCGGCAAAACCGGCAUCGCCACUACAUUUGUCAACAUGAACACCCCAGAGCCAACACUGUUAGACCUUAAAUAUCUGCUUCUGGAGGCUGGGCAGAAGGUUCCUCCCUUCCUCUCCACGAUCGAAGACCCUCAAGGCGGCUUCAUGAAAGGAUGUGCCGUUUGUGGAGGACUUGGGCACAGUGUCGUGAACUGUCCAAAGCGCGAGGAUGCCCAGCGCAGAUUAUUAGCUAGUCACAGAGGAAACGACGACAAAGGAUAUUGA